AUGGCCGGGCAAGAUUUUACAGGAAACGCUUUCGUUACUGGCGGAGGUAGUGGGAUAUCAAAGGCAAUCUGCGUGGCAUUUGCAAGACGCGGGGUACGAGGACUAGUAGUGGCGGAUAUUAACCUCGAGCUCGCGAUCAAGACCGCCGCAGAGAGCAAAGCGGUCGCCAUAAAUCCCGAGUUCCGCGUAGAAGCUUACCAGCUCGACGUGGCGCAUCCAGAAUCCGUCCAAAACGCCAUUGACCGCAUGGCGGACACAUUCGGGCGCAUUGACUACGCCAUAAAUGGAGCUGCUGUUCUUGGAGAGUAUAACGAAGUAUCAGAGACCGGCCUUGACACGUUACGGAGAACCUUCGAAGUCAACGUACAAGGAUCAUUCCUAGUAUUAAAAGCCGCCACGAAAGUCAUGGCGUCCCAAAAACCCGUCAUGAUCGACGAAUCACUCCCGGCGCGGGGUGUAUCCCGUGGGGUUAUUGUCAACAUUAGCUCAGUAGUUGGCCACAUCGGUCUACCGAAAAUAGUGCAAUGCGUUGCCUCGAAACACGCGGUAAUCGGUUUAACCAAGACUGCGGCUCUCGACAAUAUUAAACACAACAUUCGCGUUAACUGCGUCUCACCGUCAUGGGUGGAUACUCCUGUGGUGCAAAGUGCCGUCAAGAGUAUGCCGUCGUUAGAAAAGACAAUCGCGUCCCACUUACCAAUGGGGCGGAUGGGACUCCCGGAGGAGAUUGCAGACGUGGUCCUCUUCCUAUGCAGCCCGGGUGCGAGUUGGGUUAAUGGUACCAACUUCAUCGUUGAUGGGGCCAUGACAGUUGGUCCCUGCAGUCCGGACAUGUGA